AGAUGCGUUGCAGCUGUCACAUAUAUUAGUUCGACUCGAUCAGCGCCAGCGUCAAGGUCGAAGAAUCGCGUGUGCCCCGCAAUCGAAAGUACAUUUUUGGCUGGCUUCGAAUCGCGUGUGUUGCUGCUGCAAUUGUGAUAUUUCCCAGCAUGAUAUUCGUUUUAAGAUCACUGGGAUUCCUGCUUUUUUCAGCGCUUCUGUUGCACUGCGCAGUUGACGCACAACAAAAUUGCCGCAAUCCCAAUCAAAAUGUUGGCUACUGCAUAUCCAUCUAUGACUGCCCCAGUCUGCUCAGAGUCCUCGAGAAGCCAAACCUCAGCAACGAUGAGCGCCGAUUUCUGCAGAAUUCGCAAUGUUUGAAUGGAUUUGGCCGACAGCCGUAUGUUUGCUGUACUCGAGAUACAAAUUUCGCGGAUAUGCAGCGCACAACAGCAAAUAUGCCAGUUGAAGUGACAACAACAACAACAACAACAAUUCGGUCAACUGAUACGACAACAGCAACAACUACAACAAGCACAACUCAAACCAGUACAAAUAAUAACGGUAACAACUUGUUGCCUCAGGCACCGGCUUGUGGCCCAAACUCAUUUCAGAAUCGAAUUUACAAUGGCAACGACACAGCGCUGGAUGACUUUGUAUGGAUGGCUCUCUUGGAAUAUAGAAGUCGUGAUGGCCAACGCCUUUUGAACUGUGGCGGCAGCUUAAUUAAUAAUCGAUAUAUACUAACCGCUGCCCAUUGUGUCACUGGCGAAAUUCUGACCGUAGUGGGGCAACUCAUCCAAGUGCGCCUUGGCGAGUACGACAUCGGCAGUGACUUGGAUUGCGUGAAUGACCUCUGUAAUCCACCCAUUCUCGAGUUUGGUGUCGAAGAUGUUAUACCACAUCCACAAUACGAUCCAGCUAGUAGGCAUAAGCAUCAUGAUAUCGCUCUCGUACGCCUUAACGCACCUGUCACUCUCAACGCGUACAUUCAACCCGUCUGUCUGCCUCUGGCCAGCGUCCGUUCAGCCAUUGACAAUAUGGAGCAACUCGUUGUCAGUGGCUGGGGACGGACACUACUGAGACGCCAAAGCAACAUUAAGCAGCGUCUUGAUGUGCCCGUCUCAGAUCCCGAUUACUGUGUUAAGAAAUUCGCCACGCGGAAUAUUGAUGUGAUUCCCUCCCAGUUGUGCGCUGGCGGCGAAUUCUCUCAGGAUAGCUGUGAUGGGGACUCGGGUGGUCCGCUGAUGCGUUUCAAAAAUGCUUGGUAUCUGGAGGGCGUUGUCUCCUUUGGCAAUCGUUGCGGACUGGAGGGUUGGCCAGGGGUUUAUACCCGUGUUGCAAACUAUAUGGACUGGAUUGAGAACACAAUUCGGCCUUAACUGUAGAGGGAAUGAAGUUAACGAAGUACACCUUUUGUUAGAAUAAGUUCUAAUUAAAGAGAGAGGGAGAGAGUGAGAGAGUCGAACUUGACCAA